UGUCACGUGACGUGCUGUCCAAUCGCUCCGGAAAUGACAUCAUGUAGGCUAAAAAAUAAACAACCGGUCGAAAAACCGACCUUCGGAAGACGCAGUUGGUGAAUUUGAACUCAGGAAUUAUGUAUUCUAAUGGCACCGAAAGCUUGAUUAAACAAGCAAGGGAGAUCCAGGAGUCUGAGUUGCAGAAGUUUUACAGUCGCUUAAUCAAGUUGCUCCAGGGGAAAGAGCAUGGUCACGAGACUAUUGAUUCCUUGCAAAGACUCCGUGUCAUCGUCUUUGCCACCAAAUACACCAGAACGUUGCCCCCUGAGCUUCACAAGAGCCUAUUAUGGCUUCUCUCUUCCCCUGUGGAGCAACUUCAAGUGCUGAGCUCAGCUGUUCUCAGAGAGACACUUCCCCUCGCUGCUCAGGCGGAGAACUACGACCAGGACGGAAACAGUCAACUGAACACUCACGCGGCUGCCGUGCUGCUUGCUCAGGCUCAAUCUGGAGAUGAUCUGUCAGCCCUCUGCACUCAGCUCCUCCGCGGUUUGGACAGCAGACCCUCAGAAGGACCGACGACGCACUUGCUCCCGCACACCCUGCCGAUUGUCAACUCCAUCCUCACACACAGCCCGGAGAGCCUCACCGAAGAUAACGUAACCCUCCUUAGUAAAAAGCUUGUCGAUUGGCUGCGUUAUGCGAGUACCACGCAAGGGGGCGGGGCUUCCUCAGGAGGAUUCUUCACCGGGUCCAGGUCACGUCAGCCGCUGCCUAUUGCCGAGCUGGACGGGACGGUGUCGGGAGAUUUCUUCACCGUGCUGUGUGUUGGUCAAGGCUUCACCGAAGACCAGUGGAUGAACGUUUACUCUUUUUCCAUGCUCCGACAUUGGCUCCUCACAUUCCACUCUGUGCCCAUAGCAGACACUGCAAACAGAUUACAGCUAAGUUUCUCCCUCUCUCACUCCAUUUCUAAUGACGAUCGGUCGGAGAUGGACGGCUCCGUGGUUUCCGUGGUUUCCGUCACGUCGUCGUCCAGCCGCCUGCUGCCUCCCAAGGAGCGCCUAAGAGAGAAGGCCUUCCAGUACUGCCAGCGCCUGGUCGAGCAGAGUGAUCGCAAGGCUCAGAAGAAGACCGAUGCCGAUCUGCAGAAAGCCUGUCUGGUGGAAGCCGUGUGUAUCCUGGACUCCGUGUGCGUGGAGGAUCCGUCUUUUGUCUACCGAGUGUUCCCGUGCAUCAAGGCGCUUUUUGGUCGUCUCAGCUCCGACUUGUCAUUCGCUAGAGUCCUGCUGCCUGUGGCGCAGUUCUAUCUCAAUCAUGGUGAAAUGGCCGCCGUGGACUGUGAUUGUGUAUGGAACCUAGUUCUGGGUCGGUUCCCUGCCGAGCUUUUCAACGACCCUUUCCUGGCACAUGAGCUUCUGCGCUUUCUACGACUGAACCUGGAGAACGUGCAACUCCGGGUUCCCCAGUACAUACGCCACUUCCCGAAUCUUCUCAAGUUUUUAGCGUGGGACAGCCCCGCAGUGAUUGAUGACUUUGUUGAUCUGCUGCCCUCUAUGGUGACAUCGGGUACUGCAUUGGAGCUGCUGCAUACUUUGCUGGAUCUCCCCUGUCUUUCUGCUACACUGCUCUUGCAACACAGAUCAAUGUGUUUGCCCAUUUCUGAUCCGGGAGGGCGCAACCAGGCAUCAGUGAACGCAUUCCGAAACCCAACGUUCCGAGGGCUUUUCCUCUUUCUGCUUCGAGGUGAAGCGGGCACAGGUGACACAAUAGACCGACUGAGCACGCUCCUUGAGCUGUUAUCCGAAGCUGCCGAUUGGCCGAGAGUCGUACAGUGCGCCCAGACCGUCCCGAUUCUGCUGCACAUUUUUUUCAACACAGUCGUCAAUGUUGCAGACAGAAGCCUUUUAGGCCAAGUGCUUUUGGUGAUGCUGGAGAGAAGCAGCCUCCUCCUCAACAUCCCUAAAUACAUCACGGAGAUCCACAGAGUGUUCAGCCGUCAGCUGAUCAAUCUGUGCAAACUCCACCCCUCUUUGGUCAUUGACCAAUCCCACGAGCUGCUGGAGUUUGCCGGGGCCACCGCCAAUGUGUACAACAAACAAGAGGUCUACACACAUGUGGUUUUGGUGCUCGGGGAAUACCUUUCCGUGUCAUAUGACUCUCGCUGCUCCACGAAGCUCAUCACUUCCUGUUUUGAGACUUUGGAGGCAGUGCUUUUUGAAAUCACAUCAUCUGCCCCGCGCCCAGGAACUGGCUGCCCCGCCCCUCGCGCCAUCACCACUCUAAUGAGCGCCCUGGCGAAACUGGCGUCCCGAUCACACGAUCUGAUACCCAGGGUGUCGCUGCUCCUCUCCAAGUUGAGGAACGUAUCCAGCGGAGGGUUCGUUUCCUGGUGCGAGGACGACGAGGACCUGGAUUCCAUAUUGACUCUCGGGGAGGAGCUGUGCGCUCUCCUGAAGAUGCCCGGCGUGGCUCAGAGCGUCCUAAACCCACCGCCGCACGUCACCGCGCCCCGGUGGCAUCAAGACACCAACGCGGCCAUGCCGCUCCAACUGCGAGCGCUCACCAGACUCGCGCAGGCGCACGCGUCACACGCUCAACACACACCGACUUCGCCGUCACCCCGCACAAGCACGUAAACGUUCACACUUGGACACUUUUUGUAAAUACAUCACAGCAAUCAAAAACGAUACUUCCCAUCAAUAUAUUAUCUCUUUAUUCUUUCUUGCGACAUAUCAGAAAUAAAAAUUUACAAAAUAGAUCAUCUGAUUUGUGUAAAAAAAGAACCGAAGUCUCCAGAGCCCAGUUAGAAAAUGGGUCAAGCAUUUUCGAGGCGUACAGGAAAUGCAGACAUUGACUAGGAGAAAGGGCUUUGACGAAAACAUCAGAAAAGAAAAAUGCAAUUUAUGAUACGCUCGUCAUCAAUUCACUGUUAUUCGUAUUUUGUGACUCAUCACUUCUUCAAAUGCACAUUGUUACAAAUCAAUAGAAAUUUGCUUUCAGAAAUAGUUGGCACAUUAUGAGUGGAAAGGAUACCAAACUAAAUAUUUCUUUUGGUCUUAAAACUACUUGACCAAAUAUUGGUCAUCUGAACAUCUUUAGAUUCUGUAACUGAGGUCAUGAAACAAAAUGAUUGCGUGAUCACCAGCUAAGAUUAGGCUUUCGGAAAUAAAACUAAGAUUACCGA